CAGUUCGAGUUGCAAAAUUCACACGUAAAAUUUUUCAUUCUUUUAUCCAACUUCCAAUCAAAGUAUAUUACAAAACUUGUUUGCCCUAAAUUACAACGACAAAAUCACAGAAACUGUGCACUGUUCGCUACGUUCAUCAAUCUAGUUUUAAAAUCCGAAUGAAAUAAACCCGUUCCGAGGACAGGAUGAUUCGCGCCUCCACUCGACUAGCCCGGCUACCGCUCCGUGGAAUCGUCGCCGGCAAUGGACCACACUUUUCACCGGGUUUGCUGGACAGGAACUCGGAGAUGGCAUUGAUGCAAUCGAUUCAGGUUCGGCACAAAUCAACCCCGAUCAAUACGAUGAUAAUGUUCGUGCCACAACAAGAAGCUUGGAUCGUUGAACGAAUGGGGAAGUUUCAUCGAAUAUUGGAACCAGGUCUAAACUUUCUGCUGCCAAUCGUUGAUCGGGUGAAGUAUGUUCAAAGUCUGAAGGAAAUCGCUAUCGAUGUUCCGAAACAGUCGGCCAUUACCUCUGAUAACGUGACGCUUAGCAUCGAUGGCGUGCUGUACCUGCGUAUCCUUAAUCCAUACCACGCCUCGUACGGUGUCGAGGAUCCCGAAUUUGCCAUUACCCAGCUGGCCCAAACCACUAUGCGUUCCGAACUGGGAAAGAUGUCUUUGGAUAAGAUCUUUCGGGAGCGUGAAUCGUUAAACAUCAGUAUCGUAGAUUCGAUUAACAAAGCUUCGGAGGCGUGGGGUAUCACUUGUCUUCGGUAUGAAAUUCGAGAUAUCAAACUGCCGAGUCGCGUUCACGAAGCUAUGCAGAUGCAGGUUGAAGCCGAACGCCGAAAGAGAGCCGCGAUCCUCGAAUCGGAAGGUGUGCGGGCUGCGGAAAUCAACGUCGCCGAAGGUAAACGGCAAUCGCGCAUUCUUGCAUCCGAAGCUCAAAAGCAGGAGGAAAUCAAUCGGGCAAAUGGAGAAGCCGCAGCCCUCCUGGCCAUUGCCGAUGCGAGGGCACAGGGUCUCAAAGUAGUUUCAGAAUCUUUGCUAUCCAAACAUGGAAAAGAUGCUGCAUCGCUCAGUAUAGCCGAAAAGUACGUUCAUGCAUUUGAAAAUCUAGCUCGUAAAAACAAUACCCUCAUUAUUCCGUCGAACGCAUCGGAUGUUACCUCAAUAGUGGCACAAGCCAUGCAGAUUUACAAAAACCUUUCCGCUGGGGCUGCUAGCAGCGAAGAACUGCAUCCGUCGACGACAAUCUCUAGCGCUGCCCAUCAGUCCAUUCCAUCGGCCGUCAGCGAUAACAGUUCGAAACCGACCGGGGCUGCCCUUAAUCGGAAUGAUCCCGUUAAAGGACCCGCCGAGUGAUGAUACUUAAACGGGACUUUCACUGUUGAUAGAAACGGUCGUACUUUGAAGGAAGGAAAUCUAAUGAUUGGAAUUUAAUGGCAACAACUUUUAGAAAGUGUCAAUUGCCACAAAUUGGAAAUCGUUAGAAUAUAUUGAAUAAAGUCCUACACUUAGUAGUA